AUGUCUCUAAUUGGCUACUCUCAGAAGCGCCCGAGCCCAUCCCCUUCGAAGGCAGUAACAAAACGCCAAUGUCGCUUACCGGAAGUGUUCACCGCCCUUUUGACGGAUUCGCCUCGAAAGGCCUCCGCCUUGCCAAGCCCCCUUCGGGUCGAUGCUGCCACUGACGACGACAACGAUGGCAAUGACGAUGACGAUGACAAUGACGACGAAGACGACAUGAAGUCACGAAGCAGCUCCUCCAAUCCAGCUCGAGUCGACUGCAGAUGCUCUUCACGGCCGGACUCGACCAGCGGUUCGGUGGACGGACCGCAUGACCUGCCCUCCUUCUCACCGCUC